GUUCGCGCUGUUUGUGGCCAUACUUCUGCACGUGCUUGGGCCCGGUGGUGGAUUUUCUUCUUGCGUGGUGUGGCCCUUAGCAUUAGGAUGAAUCAAGAUAGAUCCAAGUUAACGGCGGCUAAGCCUAAAAGAAGUCCAAAGGGGCCUCCCUUGGUUACUUCUAAUGUCCUCUUGUGUGCCGGAAGUUCCAAGCCCACUUCACUUUCACCAUCUCCAAAGAAGGACACUAGUAAACAUGAACCUUCUAGUUCUACUCCAAAGAAGGUUUUUCACCCAGUUAUUAAUUCCACAACCGUGGUUCGGCGUUCAGGUGAUCUCCAUAUUCCCGUCAAGCCCUAUAAUCCAUCUGUGGAGGAGGCGGCAAACCUGGGUAGCAACACGGCAUCGAUUUAUAAGCGUGCCAAUGCACCCCAUACUUCGCCAAAAACACGACGCGUCCGUUCCAGUGCUGCUGUGCGACGUACCUCUGCCUCGGCAAGGGCCGCUCAGCACGACACUCAAAGGCGCGAUGCCCAGGAUCAAACCAGGCCAGACCUCAUUGAAUUGGAAAGUGACGAGGGAGACCUUGACAGUGACUCGUCCCAUAUGGAAGGCUCGAGUGCUCCUCCUACUACACCACCAAACCAGCAUACUUCUAUACAAAAUGAAGUUGCGGAGCCUACUCCCUCACAGUCCGACUUGGAGAACCAGGCCUUGAAAUAACUUUCGCUGCGUAUUACCUGUGAUGAUAUACUGCGCUCUUCACCAUGGAUCUGUCUGCCGCUAUGUGUCCCCACACCAAUUUUUGGAUUCAUAUCGAAUGAUGGCUAAAUGGCCAUUACUCAUGCUGCUUCUGGACGCAACGUGUGACCCAGAUUGUACACAUUACUGUCAUCUUGUCUGCAGUUUGGAAAUCAUCUUGGUGACCUGUUCCAAUCACCUAUUUUGUUAUAUGGCAGGGCUGCUGUCUUCCUGUUGGAUGUUGCUGCAACGCGGGACAAAUAUAGAUUUAUUGCGGAUAUAUUUAUCCCAACGAUACUUCUCAAACGCCUUGAUGCAGGAAAUUCGGACCCAACCUCGCUACAAAUAGACAAACAUUUAUACAGUCGUUACUACUGGCACAACAUCCUCGGACUUGGACAUCAUUCAGCCUCGGAACAUCUGCAGCACCAACUUAGAAUCUACUUUAAUUUAUAAACACUGUUCCAUUGUCAUAUUCUAUAAGCCCACAUUUAUUGUUACCAGCAACACAUACAUACAUAUUAUUUUGUUAAACUUACACCUCACAUUUAAAAAGCCUGAGCU